AUAUAUAUUCGCCAUAAACCCAUCACUCUUUUCAUUCUAUAGCCGUUCUACACUGGUGCAGUCUGCAACUCUGUGUUUCUCUCCUCUCUCAUCUGGUAUUCUGGUGUAAUAUUGUAUCUAAAUCAUAAGAAGAUUGUAAGUGUACUGUGAUGGAUCCAGCAUCAUUUGACCAGAAACCAAGUGCACCACGAAAGGUGAGGUUUAAACCAAAGGCUCCAGUACGCAAACCAACAAAGCCGGCUGUGCCGAAAACUGAAGCAGUUGAUGAUUCUGAAACUGCUGAGGCAAAGGAGUUGAUGCAACGUUUUCAGGAUGGCUUAGCGACAAAGCCUAAGUUUGAAAAGAAAUCUGAACCUGUUCAGCGAGUUGCUUUCGGAUAUGGAUCAUCAAUCCCCAGUAAUCAUUACAGCGCUUCUAAUGGAACUAGUUCUAUGUACAAAGAUAAAGCUCAUUUUCACGGCAUGAGAGAGGAGAAAGAAUACAAAGAGCCAUGGAAUUAUUACAGCAAUUAUCCUGUAACUCUUCCUCUUCAUAGACCCUAUUCUGGACAUCCAGAUGUUCUUGAUAAUGAAGAGUUUGGGCAGCAGUCUACUUUUGAUGAAAGUAUGAUUAACCCAGCCAUGGAGCUGGGACUUAUGGAGCAAACGUCAGAGCCAAGGAUGUUGUUCCUUCAGCUACCAAAGACUCUGCCAAUGAUAAAACGGACUGCUGCAGCAGCAGGCCAAGCAUCAACUAGCAGCUCAAAACCUCCAAGCGGUCCGAACCUCGUAGAGAAGGCUGCUGGGUUAAAAGAUUUAGAGGCCGGUUUGAUGGGCAAGAUGAUGGUUUAUAAAAGCGGUGCGGUGAAGCUUAAGCUUGGAGAUACCCUUUAUGAUGUAGGCCCUGGUUCAGAAUGUGUAUUCGCCCAGGAUGUCGUGGCUGUUAAUGUUGAGGAGAAGAAUUUUUGUGUAGUAGGGGAGAUCAACAAGCGUGUUAUUGUGACCCCUGAUGUGGACUCCAUUCUGGAUAAUUUUUCUGAGUCGGGUUAGUUACUUGGUUUCUGCUUCUAGUUAAUGCUUUUUGGUGAUACUUGGGAAUGUUAACUCUACAAGAAAGAGAAUAUACUGCAUAUCUUUUUCUCCCUCUUAGCUUCUUGAAGAAUCUAUCAAAGAAGGUUUGCAACUUGAAUUGGUUCACCCAAGGAAAGAGGGAGCGAUGCUUUUUACUCGAUAUUCUUUGGGCAUCACAUGGUUAGCUGCAAUUACAAGACUCGAGAACUUGUACCAAACAUCAUCUUGAGCCAUGUCUGUGCUCGCAGUGGUGUAACUUUUCACAUUACCAGACAGACAAUCUAUUUAAAAUGAAUAUGUUGCUGUCUUAUGUUGGGUACUUGAUGAAAUUUUGGUGAUUCAAUGAAAGCUUGUAUGCUAGGCUUGUAAACUGGUCCCCUUCCUAGACUAUAUAACAAUAUGAUAUGCAGGUUACUUUAGUGAUUCAAUAAUAUGAUCUGUUGUCUUUAA